AUGGGUUCUGUUGCCUUGACAAAGAAGCCACAUGCAGUUUGCAUACCCUACCCAGCUCAAGGUCACAUAACCCCAAUGCUGAAAUUAGCUAAGCUCCUCCACUACAAAGGUUUUCAUAUAACCUUUGUGAACACAGAGUUCAACCACAGACGCCUCCUUAAAUCUCGAGGUCCCAACUCUCUCGACGGCCUCCCCUCCUUUCAAUUCGAGACCAUUCCUGAUGGCCUCCCUCCAUCUGAUGACAACGCCACCCAAGACAUACCAUCCCUAUGCCUUUCCACUAGUAAAAAUUGCUUAGCACCCUUCAGAGACCUUUUAUCAAAGCUUAACUCUUUACCCCAUUCCCCUCCAGUUACUUGCUUAGUUUCUGAUGGUGGCAUGACAUUCUCACUUGAUGCAGCCCAAGAAUUUGGCAUUCCCUGUGUUCUUUUCGAAACAAUGAGUGCUUGUGGCUCGUUGGGUUACCUUCAGUAUCUCCCUCUGAUGGAAAAGGGUUUAAUUCCUCUUAAAGAUGCCAGCUAUUUGACAAAUGGGUAUUUAGAUACUGUAAUAGAUUGGAUACCAGGCAUGAGACAUAUUCGUUUGAGGGACUUGCCAACCUUCGUCAGAACCACAGAUCCAAAUGACAUCAUGUUGAAAUAUCUUGUGAGUGAGUUCGAACGAGCCCGGAAAGCUUCAGCAAUCAUUUUCAACACAUUUGACGCCUUAGAGCUUGAAGUUCUGGAUGCACUUUCGACUUUGCUACCACCUAUUUACUGCAUUGGACCCCUUCAACUACAGGUUAGUCAGAUUCCACCAGAUUAUAACAAUUUGAAGUCGAUUGAAUCAAAUCUAUGGAGAGAAGAAACAGAGUGCCUUGAAUGGCUUGACUCAAAAGAACCAAAUUCUGUGGUUUAUGUCAACUUUGGAAGCAUCACAGUCAUGACAUCUGAGCAACUAAUUGAGUUUGUUUGGGGACUUGCAAAUAGCAACAAGGCCUUUUUAUGGGUUAUAAGGCCUGAUCUUGUUCGUGGAGAAUCCGCUGUGGUUCCACCGGAGUUUUUGGAAGAGACCAAAGAAAGGGGUCUAUUCGCAAGUUGGUGCCCUCAAGAACAUGUCCUGAGCCACCCAGCUGUAGGAGGGUUCUUGACACACAGUGGAUGGAACUCUUCCCUUGAAAGUUUGUGUGGUGGAGUGCCCAUGAUCUGUUGGCCCUUCUUUGCAGAGCAACAAACCAAUUGCAGGUUCUGUUGCAAAGAAUGGGGCGUAGGCAUAGAGAUAGAGGGUGAUGUUAAAAGAAACUACAUAGAGGACCUUGUGAGAACAUUAACGGAGGGAGAGAAGGGCAAAGAGAUGAGGAAGAAAGCCAUGGAAUGGAAGAAGUUGGCAGAGGAGGCCGCUACUGGUCCAAAUGGGUUAUCAUUCUUGGCUUUGGACAACAUGAUUAACCGGGUUCUUCUUUCUCCAAGAAAUCUGAAUUAA